GGUAAGAUCAGCUGGAGGAGACGCAUGCUUUUUGGCAUUCCAACACCUUCUCAUAUCGGUACGUUUCAUUUUAUCUAGGUGUUUCCCUCAAAACCUUGAUGCUUUCAUGAACAAUAUGGUGGACAAUAGAUGGAAGGAUCAGAACGCUCAGGAUGAAUGGAUUCGAGAUGGAUUGGGACGAUGUACGACGACGACAAAGGAUCGGAUGGAUUGAUGGAUCAACGACGAUCGGGAUGGAUAGAUCCGGGACAGAUCGGGAUGGAGUGAUCUCUAGCAAACAACGAAGGAUGGAUGGUAGGAAAGGAUGGAUGGUUGGAACAAUGAAAAUAGAAAAUCCAAAGUUAAGUUGAAAGCUGUGAUUGAACAAAUUCUGAACAAUGAAUAGAAUGGGCAGGCCGAUCAGAAUGGAUAGAUCGGGACGAGACGACAACGACGACAAACAAUAAGGAUGGGCGGAUGGAUUGGGACCAUCGAAAGGAAUUUGGGACAAAACGACGAAGACAAAGGAUGGACGAAUUCGGGACGGAUCGGGAUGGACGUUGCAUGAAUGGAUUCAAUCGAUGGGUUGAUGGACGACGCAACGACGACUACGAACGAUUAGGAUGGAUGGAUGGAUCGAUGACGAUCGGGAUGGAUGGCUUCGGGAUGGAUCGGCACGAUGGACGACGACGACGAAGGAUCGGAUGGGUGGAUGGAUCGAUGGCAAUCCUAAUGGACUGGUAAGUGCCAGGCUUUGAAACGAAGCUUUUUGAACAUCCAACUGGAGAAACUGAACUUUGGUUGAAAUCCGAUGCAAUUAUGAAGGCCUAUAAGAAUGGGACACCAAAUCUCGACGAGGAUGAUUGGCUACAUACCGGGGACAUGUAACCGAAAAAGGAGGGUUCUUCUAUGUAGUGGACAUAAUGAAGGAUUUGAUCAAAUUGAAUGGCUAUCAAGUGUCACCUACGGAAAUUGAAAAUGUAAUUCUAACCCUACCAUGGAUCGAUGACGAUCGGGAUGGAUGGCUUCGGGAUGGAUCGGCACGAUGGACGACGACGACGAAGGAUCGGAUGGGUGGAUGGAUCGAUGGCAAUCCUAAUGGACUGAACUCAAGCAAACGAUGAUGAAUAAAGGAUGGAUGGAAAAAAGAAAGGAUAUAUUCCAAACUUAUGCUGAAAUCUGUAGUGCAACAAUAUGGUGGAAGGAUCAGGACGAUCGAGAUGGAUGGCUUCGGGAUGGAUCGGGACGAUGACUUC